AUGGAUAGACAAAAAGAAGAAGAAACGGGAGAUGGGGAGAGAAGUAUAGAGUCGAGCAUUGGUAAGUUUAUUCCGCUUGAUCUGAUUCCUGAUAUUCUCUUGAAACUGCCAGCUAAAUCUGCUGUGAGGUUCCGUUGCUUCUCGAAGCUAUGGUCGUCCAUCACCACUCCUCCAGAUUUCAUCAGGUCGUUCGCAAUUCAGUCUUCGACUCGGCUGCGUCUUAUGGUCUGCGUCAAGACAAGUUACACGCGUUUAUUUAUCACACUGCCCCAACAUGUGCAUCCGGACACAUCUUACUCACCUGUCGUCGACCGCUAUGAGAUAAAGUCCCCUCCACUCGAUUACUACCAUAGUCCGUUUUCCGAACCUGUCCAGAGCUUGGUGUGUUACGGGGAUGAUCACAACAUCGUAGUUUGGAAUCCUUCCAUGAGACAAAACGUUACCUUACCCGAACCCGGGCCCAGAGUCAAGUAUAUAAGUAGCUGUUUAGGAUACGAUCCGGUGGAGGGUAAGUAUAAAGUAUUGUGCAUCUCAGGCUACAAAUGCAACUAUCCUCUUGUUUUUACAUUGGGACCUCAAGAAUCAUGGAGAUUGACUAAUAAUUGUCCUUUACAUCAACCUACAAACUCCGAGGGAAGAAUAGGUGUAUGCGUCAACGGGCAUGUGUACUAUGAAGCGAAGAUACUUUUGGAUGAUGAUCCUUUGGAAUAUGAACAUCUCCUUAUGAGCUUCCAUGUGAGGUACGAAACGUUCAACACGAUCAAAAAGCCAGCUGAUCCUACACUUGACAGACUUUUGCUCAACUACCAAGGAAAAUUAGCAUGGGUUUGCUACAGCGUCUCUUCUUUAAGAUUUUGA